AUGGAUUUGAUGGAUGGAUUCUAUCAGAUCCUCAUGCGUGAACGGGAUAUCCCUUACACAGCAGUGAGAACCCCCAGUGGUAUGCUCUGGAAGUGGCUAGUGAUGCCACAGGGGCUCACUAACGCCCCUGCAACGUUCAACAGAUGUGUUACGAAUCUGUUGCGAUCGGUGCGCGACUUCGCACCGAGUUACUUCAAAGAUGUCUUCGUCCAUAGCCGGGCUAUGGAUGGAAAGACGGACAUGGAGAUUUAUAAAGUCCACAUCCGUAAGGCCCUCACACUUACGCUAGAGCAUAAGUUGUUCGCGUACCUCAAGAAGUGUAUAUUUGCAGCGAACGAAAUACCACUUCUUGGCUGCAUAGUGGGUAAAAACGGUAUACGCCCUGAUCCGGAAAAGAUCAAGGCGGUUAGCGACUGGCCUUUUCCAGUCAACCUCAUGGGACUUCGAAAGUUCCUUGACUUGGCGGCGUACUUGCACAAAUACUCGCGCAACUAUGCCGAGAUGACCAUACAUCUCUCUCGUCUACUAAAGAAAAACGAGAGAUGGUCAUGGAGUGCUGAGUGUCAGCACUCUUAUGAAGGCAUCAAGGAAAGCUUGGUGCAUUUGUCUGUGUUGGAAGUUGCAGAUCAGGAUAGGCCAUUUCAUGUGGUCUGUAACGCCAGCGAUUUUGCAAUUGGCUGCGCGUUAAUGCAGUACGACUCAGACGGCGUUGAGCGCGUCGUCUGUUAUCAAUCGCGUCAGCUACAAGCAGAUGAGCGUAAUUGCCCAUUUCAUAUCAAUGAACUACUUGCCAUGAAAUAUGCAAUGGCCAAGUUUCGGGUGUAUCUCUUAUGA